AUGGCCUCCGUCUUCAACCCUACCGCCUCCUCCACCAUCGCCGCCCCGCCCGAAAAGGUCUUUGCGCUCCUUGUCGAUCGCUCCACCUGGCCGCGCUGGAACACCUUUAUCCCACGCGCCGAUGUCGUCCCAGAACUGUCUGCUCCCUCGUCCACCACAACACCAGACGACGGCAAAGUGAGGCUCGGCCAGACCCUGAAAUUCACCGUCCAGGCCCGAAUCUUCGGCUCCCUGCGGAAUGUGCCUGGUGGUAGCCUGGAACUAGUCAACAUGCUGUCGACCCCAGACGAUGCCGGUGCUGAGCGAGGCGUGUGGAGGGUUGGCUGGUCGCAAAGCUCCAAGAUGAUGCCCGACUGGCUGAUGCGCACCCAGCGCGUGAAUGAGGUCGUGGCCGACGCCGACGGCAGCGGCUGCACCUACAGAACCUACAUGACCUUUGACGGGCCAAUGGCAUACGUCGUCAAGUGGUUGACGGGAUGGAUGAUACAGGAUGGAUUGAUCAUGUGGGCCGAGUGCCUGAAAGAGGAGGCUGAGAAAGAUGUGUGA